CCCGCGCGCAGCUGCCGUGCUUCCGGGUGCGGGCCCAGGAGGGCGGCGGGUCCGGCAACGCGGGUGGAGGGCGAGGCUGUUCUGAGCGGAUGCGAACGAGCGGGCGCGCAGUGCCGGAGGAGGCCGCGCCCGGACCAUGAGGCUUCGACUGUGGCUGGUCCCGGCCCUGGUGCUGCUGUGGGGGCCGGGCGGGCUGGAGGCGCUGGGGCACCCACAGCGCCCGCAGCGCUACGACACAGUUGAGUCCAUGCUUUCAGACUACGACAUCCUCUCCCUGUCUAGCAUCCAGCAACACUCACUGAAGAAGAGAGACCUCCAGCCUGAGACACACGUAGAGAGGCUCUUAAGUUUUUCCGCCCUGCAAAGGCACUUUAAAUUAUACUUAACUGCAACUGCUGAACACUUUUCAGAAAAAUUUCAAGCAUUAAUUGUGGAUGGUGAAGGCAAGGAAAAAGAGUAUCGUGUUCAAUGGCGAGACUUUUUCACCGGACAUGUUGUUGGAGAGCAUAAUUCCAAGGUUGUGGCACAUAUUGGGGAUGAAGAUUUUACGGUGCGAAUCAAUACUGAUGGAGAAGAAUACAAUAUCGAGCCACUGUGGAGAUUUGUAGAUGAUGUGGAAGAUGAAAGACUGCUGGUCUACAGAUCUGAAGAUAUCAAAGAUUUCUCAAGGUUGCAGUCCCCCAAAGUGUGUGGUUAUUUAAAGCUGAAUGAAGAUGAACUGCUGCCAAAGGGACUGGAAGACAGGAAACAAAAUGAAGGAAGCACCCAUCGGAAGAAAAGAACCAUUCCGGAGAACUCCAAAAACACGUGCAAGAUGUUGGUAGUGGCAGACCAUCGUUUCUUCAAGUACAUGGGCCGUGGGGAGGAGAGCACCACUAUAAACUACUUGAUUGAAUUGAUAGACAGAGUAGAUGACAUCUACCGAAACACUUCCUGGGAUGAUGGAACCUUCAAUGGGUACGGCAUACAGAUAGAGCAGAUUAUCAUCCACAAUGAGCCAAAUCCUGUAAAACCUGGAGAAAAACAUUAUAAUAUGGCAAGAAGUUACCCAGAUGAUAAGAAAGAUGCCUGGGAUGUGAAAAUGCUGCUAGAGCAAUUUAGCUUUGAUAUUGCAGAGAAAGCAGCUCACGUGUGCCUUGCUCAUCUCUUCACAUACCAAGAUUUUGACAUGGGAACGCUUGGACUGGCUUAUGUUGGCUCUCCCAGACCUAACAGCCAUGGUGGCAUUUGUCCUAAAGCUUAUUACAGUCAAAUUGUAAAGAAGGAUAUCUAUCUGAACAGUGGCUUGACCAGCACCAAGAACUAUGGGAAGACCAUCCUCACAAAGGAGGCUGACCUGGUUACAACACAUGAACUUGGACAUAACUUUGGAGCAGAGCACGAUCCUGACAGUCUGCCAGAGUGUGCCCCCACUGAAGACCAGGGUGGGAAAUAUGUCAUGUAUCCUAUUGCUGUCAGUGGGGAUCAUGAAAACAACAAGAUGUUCUCAAGCUGCAGCAAAAAAUCUAUCCAUAGGACCAUAGAGGUCAAGGCCCAGGAGUGCUUCAAAGAGCGCAACAACAAAGUGUGUGGGAACUCCAGAGUGGAUGAAGGCGAGGAAUGUGAUCCUGGCCUCUUGUACCAGCUGGCUGAUCCCUGCUGCUCUGCAGACUGUAAACUGAAAGAUGGUGCCAAGUGCAGUGACCGAAACAGUCCUUGCUGUAAAGGCUGCCAGUUUGAAAGUGCACAAAAGAAAUGCCAGGAAGCCAUAAAUGCCACUUGUAAAGGAGAGUCUUUUUGCACUGGGAACAGCAGCGAGUGUCCCCCCCCAGGGAACGCUCCGGAUGACACCGUGUGCGUGGACAUGGGCAAGUGCAAGGACGGGGAGUGCGUCCCUUUCUGCGAGAGGGAGAGGAACCUGCGCUCGUGUGCCUGCAACGAAACAGAUAAUUCCUGCAAGGUGUGCUGCCGGGACGAGCAGGACAGGUGCACGCCGUACGUGGAUGCCAACGACCAGUUCCUGUUCCUGCGCAAGGGCAAGCCUUGCACUGUGGGCUUCUGUGACACAAAUGGCAAAUGCGAGAAGCAAGUACAGGAUGUGAUUGAACGAUUUUGGGAUUUCAUAGACCAACUCAGCAUCAAUACUUUUGGGAAGUUUCUAGCAGAUAAUAUAGUGGGCUCUGUGCUUGUCUUCUCCUUGCUGUUUUGGAUUCCUCUCAGCAUCCUUGUGCACUGUGUGGACAAGAAAUUGGACAAGCAGUAUGAGGAGAACACAAAGUCCCUGUUUUGCCCCAGUAACGUGGAGAUGCUCAGCAGCCUGGACUCGGCCUCUGUGCGCAUCAUCAAGCCGUUCCCCGCGGCGCCGGCCGCCAGCCGGCACCAGCCGCUGCAGCCGCUGGCACCCGCGCCCACCGUGCCCGCACCACCCAAGCAGGAGCACCAGCGCAUGGACACCAUCCAGGAGGACCCCAGCACCGACUCGCACAUCGACGAGGACGCCUUUGAGAAGGACCCUUUCCCAAACAGCAGCUCCGCUGCCAAAUCUUUUGAGGACUUGACAGACCACCCUGUCAUUAGGAGUGAGAAAGCCUCAUCCUUCAAACUGCAGCGCCAGAACCGCGUGGACAGCAAAGAAACAGAGUGCUAGUGUCCUGCUGCCUUCUAAAUGCAUGACUCGUGUCUGCAAAACAAGGAUCUGAAACCAUUUCAUUUCUAUAAAUAUAAAUAUAUGUAUAUAUAUUUUUGUGAGGGAGUGGGAGAAUAAGGAAGUGACCUACUGCAGAUGCUGGUCAUGUGUAUGACCUUCCUUAAACUACAUUUAUUAGAGCAUUAUAUCUUUUAAAAAGGAAAAUCCAAACCAGAACUGGCUUGUUUUUGAAGCUUUUUGGAUUUGUUUUUCUACUUCCUUGACCUUUAACAUUUCCUUCAACCUGUGGUGCAAAACCAAAUAUCCUGAUGGAUGUUGGAUUGUGUAUAUCGGCCUUUUUUUAUAAUUUAAUAUUUUGUAGUCUGACAGCACUGAUAGACAAAAUUAAGGGGCUUUUAAAACCAAAAUGAACUCUGCAGUAUGUUCCAUAAUAGAGUAGAUAAUUUAGCAGUUUAAGGUACAUGUAACCAAAAGCCUAAGCAAAUGCCUUGAGAAGAGAAAGAGUAAUGAAACAGGUAAAAAUACAGUCUCGCAGCAUUCAGCAAAAUGCAUAAUCAGAAUAAAGAAACUUCAAAUGCCCAGCUUCUGUAUAAAUAAAAGGAUCACAGAAGCUGUUACACUGUACACAGUGCAUGAGAAAUGCUCCUCUAACAUGAAACUCUUCUGCCUCAGUGGUGAGGCUGUCUUGUCUUGGUGGCUUACUGGGAGCUUCCUACUCUGCACUAAGGUUUGUGUGUCGCAGGUGUCUGCUUGGAGAAAGAAGUGUAAAGGAAGAAAUCAUUUAUGCAGAUGACAUUUUAAACUGCUGUUUACAGCAGUUUUGGUGCAGAAAUGUUUCUCCAAAUGUUAUUUUAAAACAGGCAACACUAUUGUUGAAAUUUUCAAAUUACUGAGCUCAGUUUUCUGUGGUCUCUGUGGCCUUUGGAAGUUCCUACUGCAUGAAUGAUGGGAAAAAAAAUCACUCCAUUGCAGGGAGGCAUUUGUUUAAAAACAAUUGUGAAUUUAAUAAAGAAAUAAACCUUUGUUAAAACUUGCAGGGUAAGUAUAAGGAGGAGAUUUUGUGAAUACAGAUACUCACACAGGUAGUAAAACAUGAUGUUAAAAGCUGGUAAUUGGAUGGUGUCUUCUGCACACCUGGAGAUGUGUCAGGCGAGCUGGGACUGGCACACAAGCAUUGUUUUAGCUUAGUACCAGAUAGACUGUUACAGAAGAGUCACAGAGCAACUCUCCUGGUAGUACAGCAGCACCUUCAUUCUGCAGCUGUUUCUCCCACAAUAAUCUGUUGAUAAAUCUGACAGAACAUGGCUAAGGGCAGAACUAUUUAACUCUUACAAGCCUGGACUCAGACAGGGCAUGGGGUUGUGGUGAGCCCAUGUUUUUAAAUGUGAGGGAAAGGAACUGAACCUGUGCUGCAGAGUUGUGUGAGUGCUCCCUCUCCUCCACACCCAAGGAUACUUGUUACAUUAGUUACUUGAAUGUGUGCCUUAUGGUAUUCCUAUCUGACUAGCUAUUACGUUUUAUAUGCUGGUUUUGAACUUUGUUUGGGGUUGUUUGUUAUUUGUUCAGGUUUUCUUUUUUUGAUUCAGUGCAAAGUACACAUGUGAGGAGUUAAUUUAAUUCCCAAUAAAAUAAAACCUUUUUAUAUUAAAAAAAAAAUCAGUUAAACAAGAGUUGUUUCUAUGCAGUCCUUUUCUAAAAGAUCUCCCUUCUCUCAUUGGCAAAGCCUGGGUUAAAAGUCUGGCAUGCAGCCAGGCAGGAGCCAGGAUUUCUGACUGCUCCUUUCUGAGCUCAGAUGCUGCAGAGACUAUGUCUAUGAGGGUCAGACAGACCUGGACUGUGAGGGCUGCCUGCUUCCUGGAGCUGAAAUGCCAUGUGUCCU